UUCAAAGUUCAAAGAAAAAAAGAGAGAGAAUAUCAUAAAUAUAUCUAUAUGGGUGGUGCAACUAAUUGUUCUUAAUUAAUUAAGAGAUUGAGGUUUUGAAAUUGGAGAUUAUAUAGAUGGGUUCUUCUAAUAAUGGUGGUGUGCCACCAGGAUUUAGAUUUCAUCCAACUGAUGAAGAGUUACUUCAUUACUACUUGAAGAAGAAGGUUUCCUUUCAGAAAUUUGAUAUGGAUGUUAUAAGAGAGGUGGACUUGAACAAGAUGGAACCUUGGGACUUGCAAGAAAAAUGUAAGAUUGGGUCAACUCCACAAAACGAGUGGUACUUCUUCAGUCACAAAGACAGAAAGUACCCUACAGGUUCAAGGACUAAUAGAGCAACAAAUGCAGGGUUUUGGAAAGCCACAGGAAGAGAUAAAUGCAUUAGGAAUACAUACAAGAAGAUUGGAAUGAGAAAGACACUUGUGUUCUACAAAGGCAGAGCACCUCAUGGACAAAAGACUGAUUGGAUUAUGCAUGAAUAUCGCCUUGAAGAUGCCAAUGAUCCUACCAAUGAAGAAGGAUGGGUGGUGUGCAGGGUGUUCAAGAAGAAGAACUUAUUCAAGAUUGGGAGUGAAGGUGUAUCUACACACAAUCACCAAGAACAACAACAGAUGAACAUUAACAUUUCCUCAGGAACCAAUCCUCGUUCCUUCAUGCAUAGAGAAAACCAGUACUUACUACAUCACCAACAACAGCAAAAUCACUCAGCUGGGUUUGAGCAUGAAAAACCUGAACUUAGUCUUCACUAUCAACACUUGCAACAAAACUCUCAAUACUCAUCACUUUUUCAAUCCCAAUCUCUUCUUCAUGCCCAAAAACCUCUAGAGGUUAAUUUUGACUACUCAUAUGCAUCAUCAUCUUUACAUUCAGAACAACCAAUCACAGUCAAACAACUGAUGACAAAUCCUAGAGACUGUGAAAGUGGGAGUGAUGGAUUGAGAUACCAAGUUUCAGAAUCUGGCAUUGAAGUUGGAUCAUGUGAACCACCAAGGAGUGGUGGUGAUGGAAUGAAUGAAUGGGGUAUGCUUGAUAGAUUGGUGAAUGAAGAUUCAACAAAAUUAGGGGGAAGUAGGUUUGAAGAUGCAAAUAAUCAUCAAAUCAACCAACUUUCUUUGCGAGGUGAGAUGGAUAUUUGGGGCUAUGGAAAACAAUGAUUUUUAUGCCACAUUUUAUAAUUAACACUAAUUAAGUGUAAUCAUGCAUUAGAUGGUGCGUGUAAACGACCAUUAAUUAUUUAAAUAUGGGUACAAAACAGACAUACAUAUUAUAUUAUUAUUAUUUUUGUACUGAUUGAAGAUUGUUUGUAACAUUUCACUUGAUUUGAAUACUUUAUUAAUUAAUUUAUAAUCGUUCAAUCGAAUA